CCAGCGCCCAGCCCGGCCUCCAGGCCCCAGCCGGGCCCCUAGGAUCUGGUUGCCAGGCUUCGGCUGCUUAGCACCUGGAAGCUGGAGCCCCGGGCCCCCGGGCGACACGUGCCCCCGAGACGCGAGCUGUUGACUCAGGAGGUGCAAACCUUUGUGGCGCAGCCGGGCCCGGCCCCCGGGGCCCUCGGCCUGGACCAGCGUCAGGGCGCCCGCAGUUCCGAGGAGAAGUGGAGUCUUGACGUCGCCUCUUUUGGGAGAGGCGGAGCCCCCGCUCGGCAGAGGGGCCGAGACUGGCCGCGGGUCUGCGGCUCCGGGGCCGGGUGGGCAGCGUGCGCGCGGCGGGCACUAGGACCGCGCGGAAGCGGCCCCGCCCCCUCUUCCGGCGGGCGGGCUCGCGGGCCGGGCUGGGGCGGCCAGUCGGCGCCGCCGGGAGCCGGGAGCGCGGCCGGAGCGAGGCGCGGGCUGUGGGGCCGCCGCGUGCCCGGCCCCGCUCGCCCGUGCCCGCCGCGCGUCUGUCCGCCCGCCAUGCCCGGCUUCGACUACAAGUUCCUGGAGAAGCCCAAGCGGCGGCUGCUGUGCCCGCUGUGCGGGAAGCCCAUGCGCGAGCCGGUGCAGGUCUCCACCUGCGGCCACCGCUUCUGCGACACCUGCCUGCAGGAGUUCCUCAGUGAAGGAGUCUUCAAAUGCCCCGAGGACCAACUUCCUCUGGACUAUGCCAAGAUCUACCCAGACCCGGAGCUGGAGGUUCAGGUGUUGGGCUUGCUCAUCCGCUGCAUUCACAGUGAAGAGGGCUGUCGCUGGAGCGGGCCACUCCGUCACCUACAGAGCCACCUCAAUACCUGCAGCUUCAAUGUCGUGCCCUGCCCCAAUCGCUGCCCCACCAAGCUGAGCCGCAGGGAUCUGCCUGCGCACUUGCAGCACGACUGUCCCAAGCGGCGCCUCAAGUGUGAGUUCUGUGGCUGUGACUUCAGCGGGGAGGCCUUUGAGAGCCACGAGGGUGUGUGCCCCCAAGAGAGUGUGUACUGUGAGAACAAGUGUGGUGCCCGCAUGAUGCGCCGGCUGCUGGCCCAGCACGCCGCUUCUGAGUGCCCCAAGCGCACACAACCAUGCACCUACUGCUCUAAGGAGUUUGUCUUUGACACCAUCCAGAGUCACCAGUACCAGUGCCCGAGGCUGCCCGUGCCCUGCCCCAACCAGUGCAGUGCAGGCACCGUGGCUCGGGAGGACCUGCCAGCCCAUCUGAAGGACAGCUGCAGCACUGCCCUGGUGCUGUGUCCAUUCAAAGACUCUGGCUGCAAGCACAGGUGCCCUAAACUGGCAAUGGCACGUCACGUGGAAGAGAGUGUGAAGCCACAUCUGGCCAUGAUGUGUGCCCUGGUGAGCCGGCAACGGCAGGAGCUGCAGGAGCUGCGGAGAGAGUUAGAGGAGCUGUCUGUGGGCAGUGAUGGCGUGCUCAUUUGGAAGAUUGGCAGCUAUGGACGUCGGCUACAGGAAGCCAAAGCCAAGCCCAACCUUGAGUGCUUCAGCCCAGCCUUCUACACACACAAGUACGGCUAUAAGCUGCAGGUGUCUGCCUUUCUCAACGGUAAUGGCAGCGGUGAGGGCACACAUCUCUCCCUCUACAUUCGGGUGCUGCCAGGUGCCUUUGACAAUCUUCUUGAGUGGCCCUUUGCUCGCCGUGUCACCUUCUCCCUGCUGGAUCAGAGUGACCCGGGUUUGGCUAAACCGCAGCAUGUCACUGAGACCUUCCACCCUGACCCAAACUGGAAGAAUUUCCAAAAACCAGGCACUUGGCGGGGCUCCCUGGAUGAAAGCUCCCUUGGCUUUGGUUACCCCAAGUUCAUCUCCCACCAGGAUAUCCGCAAGCGAAACUAUGUGCGGGAUGAUGCAGUCUUCAUCCGUGCCUCUGUUGAACUGCCCCGGAAAAUCCUCAGCUGAGUUCAGAUGGGGCUCUAGGAAAAGGGGGUGGGUGGGACAUGAUCUCAGUCACGCACUGGCUGAGCAUAGAGAGGGGGCCGGACCUCCUUUCAGUGCUCGUGCUGUCUAGGUUCUCUGCUCCAUUCCUCCUUGCUUCCCUGAAACCCUCAGGUGCCUCCUAUUGGUGCUUCAGCCCUGGCCCUGCUGGGGAACAGAUCUUGGGGUCAUCAAGGGCUUGGAAACAAGUGAUCCCAGGGUCUGUCUCUCCUGGGCAGGGCAGAUAUGCCUUGGUGCCGGCCACACUGCCCGGAACUGAGGUGUCUGCUGGUGCUAUGUUCCAAGAGCCAUAGGGGGUGGGGAUAAUUGGGAAAAUGAGGGGUAAAGAAUCUGUUUUGAGAUCUGAUUUCUCUUCCCCUUCCUCCAACUGUGUCCCCUCUGGUUAUUUAUUUCCUUAGUGCCAGGAGGGUACAGCAGGGAAGCCCUGAUUUUUUAAUAAAUUCUGAAUUGUAUUUAUUAA